GUAUGGCUGUCAUCAUCCGAGUUGAAACAAAAACAAAAGCUCCGGCCCGCUCCGCGGCGCGCAUGCUCCGUGCGGGGCUGCUCCAGCUACACGGGGUAAUGAGCGCGGGGCGGAGGGGGCUGGCCGAGCCGCGCUUGCUGGGGCCCGGGGCUUGGCGGCGGCCCUGGGGCGCUGUGCGCGGCUGCGGAAGGGGCGGCGGCGAAGGUGGUGGUGGCCAGCACUGCGCGCGCCAGUGUGGCUCUCUCGCCCGACGCGCGCGCCCGGUCUGUCCCCAGGGCCCUCUGGAGGUGACUCGGGUGGGCCGGGCAGGGCGGCGUUGCCGGUUGGGAGGGCGGAGAGGAGGCGAUGAGGAGACAAGUCGCCGCCGCCGUAGCGGAAGUUCGAGCAGGAGAGAGGCCAGCUGUACCCCUGCCGGGUUGCGAACCCAGACAGAGGAGGAGGAGCCGCCCGAGAAGCAGGCCAGCGUCGCGGGGAAAGGAGGCCGCCCGGGUUCACGGGCCGCAGCGCUUCCUCUGCGGACGCUGCACUAGGCGACGCCGCGGAGCCGAGGAAGCCGCCCCCGGAGCCCCCGCCCGCCCGCCGGCGCCGUCUCGGCCUCCGAGCCAACUCGGCCGUAGCGGCGGCCCGGACAGGAGGCGGCGGCGGCCGGCGAGGCGAGGCGGCCCACGCCCUGCCUGUCAGGCCACCGGCCCGGCCCGUUUCGGCCCGCGGGCCGCCCCCGCUACGGAGGCGCUGCCGCCGGGGCCAUGCCGCAGGCGCCGCAGCCGUACGAGUUCGUCAGCGAAGAGAACAGUCCGAAAUGGCGGGGACUGUUGGUCUCGGCCCUGCGGAAGGUUCAGGAGCAAGUACAUCCCAAUCUCUCAGCUAAUGAAGAGUCUCUCUAUUAUAUUGAAGAGCUGAUUUUUCAGCUGCUUAUAUGCAUGGCCCAACCAAGGACUGUUGAAGAUGUGGAGGAACGAGUUCAAAAGACCUUUCCUCAUCCAAUGGAUAAAUGGGCUGUUGCUGAUGCAUAGUCUGCCAUAGAGAAACGAAAACGAAGAAAUCCCUUACUGCCUGUGGACAAAAUCCAUCCUUCAUUGAAGGAAGUUUUAGGGUACGAAGUGGACUACCAUGUGUCCCUGUAUAUUGUGGCUGUACUAGAGUAUAUCUCAGCUGAUAUUUUGAAAUUGGCUGAUAAUUAUGUAUUUAAUAUCCAACAUUAUGAAAUAUCCCAACAGGACAUUAAAGUGUCAAUGUGUGCAGAUAAGGAUAAGGUUUUGAUGGACAUGUUUGAUCAGGAUGACAUAGGCUUGGUUUCUCUUUGUGAAGAUGAACCUAGUUCUUCAGGUGAAUUAAACUACUAUGACCUUGUCAGAACUGAAAUUGCAGAAGAAAGACAGUAUUUACGGGAACUAAAUAUGAUCAUAAAAGUGUUUUGAGAAGCUUUUAUUUCUGACAGAAAGCUGUCUAAACUUUCUGAUAUUGAAAAGAUUUUCAGUAACAUUUUAGCUAUACAUGAAUUGACUGUGAAACUUUUAGGUUUAAUUGAAGACACAGUUGAAAUGACUGAUGAAAGCAGCCCUCAUCCCUCAGCUGGAAGCUGUUUUGAAGAUUUGGCAGAGGAACAAGCAUUUGAUCCUUACGAAACAUUAUCACAGCAUAUUCUUUCACCAAAAUUUAAUGAACAUUUCAGUAAGUUGAUGGCCAGACCUGCAGUGGCUCUACCCUUCCAGUCCAUUGCUGAUGGUUUUAAAGAGGCACUUCGUUAUGUCCUUCCACGCCUUAUGCUGGUGCCAGUAUAUCAUUGUUGGCACUACUUUGAAUUAUUAAAGCAAUUGAAAGCAUGUAGUGAAGAGCAUGAAGACAGAGAGUGUUUGAACCAAGCUGUUACUGCUCUCAUGAAUCUCCAAGGUAGUGUAGACCGAAUUUACAAGCAGUAUUCACCUAGACGCUGACCUGGGGAUCCUGUUUGCCCUUUUUAUAAUCGUCAAUUAAGAAGCAAGCACCUGGCUAUUAAAAAAAUGAAUGAAAUUCAGAAAAACAUAGAUGGAUGGGAAGACAAAGAUAUUGGACAGUGUUGUAAUGAAUUUAUUAUGGAAGGCCCAUUGACAAGAAUUGGUGCUAAACAUGAACGGCAUAUUUUUCUCUUUGAUGGCUUAAUGAUUAGCCACAAACCCAGUCACAGCCAGUCACACCUUCCAGGAUACAGUAGUACAGAAUACAGAUUAAAAGAAAAAUUUGUCAUGAGGGAAAUACAAAUAUGUGACAAAGAAGAUACUUGUGAGUGCAAACAUGCUUUUGAAUUAGUAUCCAAAGAUGAAAACAGCAUAAUAUUUGCUGCUAAGUUUGCUGAAGAGAAAAAUAACUGGAUGGCAGCACUUAUUUCUCUUCAUUAUCAUAGUACUCUACAUCGAAUGCUAGAUUCAGUAUUAUUGAAGGAAGAAAAUGAGCAACCACUUAGAUUACCGAGUCCUGAAGUGUAUCGUUUUGUGGUAAAAGACUCUGAGGAAAACAUUGUUUUUGAAGACAACUUGCAAAGUAGAAGUGGAAUCCCCAUUAUUAAAGGAGGAACUGUGGUGAAAUUAAUUGAAAGGUUAACACAUCACAUGUAUGCAGAUCCCAAUUUUGUUCGCACUUUUCUUACUACGUAUCGUUCAUUUUGUAAACCACAGGAAUUGCUAAGCUUACUGAUUGAACGAUUUGAAAUUCCAGAGCCAGAACCUAGUGAAGCAGAUAAAUUGGCAGUAGAGAAAGGCGAGCAGCCAAUCAGUGCAGACCUUAAAAUGUUUCGCAAGGAAUACGUCCAGCCAGUACAACUUAGGAUCUUAAAUGUGUUUCGGCACAGGGUUGAACACCAUUUUUAUGAUUUUGAAAGAGGCUUGGAGUUGCUUGAAAGACUAGAAUCCUUCAUUUCAAGUGUAAGAGGGAAAACUAUGAAGAACUGGGUAGAGUCAGUUGCUAAGAUCAUCAAGAGGAAGAAACAAGCUCAGGCAAAUGGAAUAAGCCAUAAUAUUACCUUUGGAAGUCCACCUCCACCAACUGAAUGGCAUAUCAGCAGACCAGGACAGUUUGAAACAUUUGAUCUCAUGACACUUCAUCCAAUAGAAAUUGCACAUCAGCUGAUACUUUUGGAAUCUGAUCUCUACAGGAAAGUUCAACCUUCUGAACUUGUAGGGAGUGUAUGGACCAAAGAAGAUAAAGAAAUAAAUUCUCCAAAUUUAUUAAAAAUGAUUCGCCACACCACAAAUCUCACUCUCUGGUUUGAAAAGUGCAUUGUGGAAGCAGAAAAUUUUGAGGAACGGGUGGCAGUACUAAGUAGAAUUAUAGAAAUUCUGCAAGUUUUUCAAGAUUUGAAUAAUUUCAGUGGUGUAUUAGAGAUCGUCAGUGCAAUAAAUUCAGUAUCAGUCUGUAGACUAGAUCAUACCUUUGAGGAAAGAAAAAGGAAAUUUUUGGAUGAAGCUGUGGAAUUAAGUCAAGAUCAUUUUAAAAAAUAUCUAGUGAAAUUUAAGUCAAUCAGUCCACCUUGUGUGUCUUUUUUUGGAAUAUAUUUAACAAAUAUAUUCUGAAGACUGAAUAUAAUUCUGAAGACUGAAGAAGGGAAUAAUGAUUUUUUAAAAAAGAAAGGGAAAGAUUUAAUCAAUUUCAGUAAGAGGAAAAAAGUAGCUGAAAUUACCGGAGAAAUUCAGCAAUAUCAGAAUCAGCCUUACUGUUUACGGAUAGAACCAGAAAUGAGGAGGUUCUUUGAAAACCUUAACCCCAUGGGAAAUGCUUCUGAAAACGAGUUUACAGAUUAUUUGUUCAACAAGUCACUAGAAAUUGAACCCCGAAACUGCAAACAGCCACCUCAAUUUCCUAGGAAAUCAACUUUCUCUUUAAAAUCUCCUGGAAUAAGGCCUAAUACAGGCUGACAUGGCUCUACCUCAGGUACUUUACGAGGUCAUCCAACACCAUUAGAAAGAGAACCACGUAAAAUAAGCUUUAGUCGGAUUGCUGAAACAGAGCUUGCAUCAACAGUGUCAGCACCAACCUCUCCGAAUACACCGUCUACUCCACCAGUAUCUGCUUCUUCAGACCUUAGUGUGUUUUUAGAUGUGGAUCUCAACAGUUCCUGUGGAAGCAAUAGCAUCUUUGCUCCAGUCCUCUUGCCUCAUUCAAAGUCUUUCUUUAGUUCGUGUGGUGGUUUUCAUAAACGAAGUGAAGGGCCACUGAUUCCUCCUCCACUUCCUCCUCGAAAAAAAUUUGAUCAUGAUGCUUCAAAUUCCAAGGGGACUAUGAAAUCUGAUGAUGACCCCCCUGCUAUUCUGCCAAGACAGCCUCCUCCUCCAAAGGUAAAACCCAGAGUUCCUGCUCCUUCUGGUGCAUUUGACGGGCCUCUGCAUAGUCCACCACCGCCGCCGCCGAGAGAUGCUCUUCCUGAUACCCCUCCACCAGUUCCCCUUCGGCCUCCAGAACGCUUUAUAAACUGUCUGUUUACUCUUCAGCCACCUGCACUGGGACAUCUUCAUAGAGACCCAGACUGGUUCAGAGACGUUAGUACAUGUCCCAAUUCUCCAAACACUCCUCCUAGCACACCCUCUCCAAGGGUACCACAUCGAUGCUAUGUGCUCAGUUCUAGUCAAAAUAAUCUUGCUCAUCCUCAAGCGCCCCCCGGUCCACCGAGGCAGAAUUCAAGCCCUCACCUGCCAAAACUGCCACCAAAGACUUACAAACGGGAGCUUUCGCACCCCGCAUUGUGUAGACUGCCUUUGCUAGAAAAUGCAGAAACUCCUCAAUGACCCUAGCCAUAUGUAGUCAUUGCCACUGGAAUGGUAUUUGUAGGUUUUUUUUUAAAUUUAUUCAAAAAAGGCCUAGCAUUUUAGUACUUUAAAAAAAAUAAUGUUCUUACAAAAAUGCUACUGAUCAAAUAAGCUUUUAAAGAUUGGAAAAAUAAAAAUACAGAAGUCCUUUACCAUUAUCCUCAGGUGAUCAGUAGCAUUGCCUUGUCUUGGAUCCUCAGUGCUGCCCAAAGGCCAGUAUAAAGAAUUUAUAUUUGCACUGUAGACUCUGCUAAAAUAUGGUUUAAAGUGACAUUGAUGGCACUGAAAGCAGAUAGUGCAUUUGUGGAAUUUUUCAAAUUUGAGUGACAGAUGACUUUUUAAGGCAGUGAAUUUAUACACAUAUAGGGGGUGUGUGGUGAUACUGAUUUUUAAGCCUCUUGGACCAUCUUCUAGUUUUUACGUCUAGUUUUUACAUUUCGGAAGAUCGUGAAUAACACCCACUGCUCUUAAACUCUUUAAUGCCGUGUCUUAAAAGCCAGAAUUUGCUGCUGAAGACAAAAGUGAAAAAUAGAACGAAAAUAAUAGAAUGCACUGUGUUUAUUGUUUUGUCGAAAUGUAAACAGACUACCUAACCCAAUCAUAGAGGAGAAAAGGGCAUAUAUCUUAUACAGAUGUGCCUUUUUGCAGAUUAUGGUGUCUUUAGCUAACGAGUUGCCUAUUGUUUUGGAAAACAAAGUUAAUAUGCCAUACAUGUACAGUUUUGUUUAUAUUGUACAUUUAAAGAUAAUGCUAAUAACCUAUAUAAAUUUAUGUGACUCAAGGCCUGUAAUACGGUCCGCUACUUUACUAAUUCAUAAAGCUGGAGGAUAAGUUUCUUAUGGCAUAGGAACCAACUGCGUUGCCUUCAAAACCAAGUAACUUUCUCUAUAAAUCUUGCGUUAACUAAAAAUUUUUAAAGUAUUUUUUUAGGUUGGUAAUAUUUAAACCAGCAGACACUUAAAGCUUGAUUAAACUUUUUAAUCAGAGACGUGAUUAAAACUUUUAUUUGCCAUUUGUACUCCUUCAUUCUAAGUGAUGAAAAAGCGUGUUUUCCUCUCAGUGCCGUAGCAGCAGUUGUAAAGUAGCCAAAAGCCACAUUGUUUAUUUACUGGUCUGUGGCCUUUUACUGUGCUUUGUAUCAGAGUUCCUAACAAGAUUAAUAAAUCACCCCAGUCUUAAUUUUUAAAAGAAAAAAAAAAAAAAAAGCUCCUGCUUUCAGGGUGGGUUGGGAGGUCACAGCACUGGUCACCCCGUAGGCCAGCCCUCCUGUUUCCUCACCCCCUAGCCUCAUCCUGCCUGCAUUUUUCUUCACAAACGUGUGCUCUGGUCUUGACGCCGGCAAGAUGGUCCUAUUGAAGGUGGGCAAAGGGAUGGCAGGGUCUACCCAGGAGCCCUCCCAGGUGUCUGCUUGCUGGUGGGUGGAGUCACGUGGUCAUAUGACGUUGUAACUGAGCAAGGGCUCGUGUGCCCGCAGUGCAGAAAGCCAUACUCUGACGGUGGUUGUUCACAGCAAAGUAAGGGUUUAUUUGCAGGGCACCAAGCAAGGAGUACCGGCAGCUUAGGCCAGAAGACCCGAACCUCCCGAUGGCUUUUAGGCAACUGUUUUUAAAGAUGGUGUUAGGAGAGAGGGUCAUAGGUUGCCUGACCAGCUUGUUGACCUUCUGAUCAGCUGGUGGUGAGGUAACGGGGUGAUGCUUCAGGAGUCUCAACCAUCAACCUUUGGGUUCCAGCCGGUCUGGAAUCUAGUGCUUGUGGUCAGCGUAGGGUCACCAUCCUCCACUGGGAGGGGGUCUUAGUUUCUGCAGAACAACUCAAAGGUAUGCACCAGAUUGUCACCUAUAUCCCUUCAGGAGGAACUAGGAGUCCUGUGACUCUGUUGUCCUGAUCAUUAACUGCUUAAGUCUGCUCUUUGGAACCCGAGGAAGGCCUAGGAGACUAAAGCCUUUUUUCUACAAACAAGAAACAGGGGACACAGAUGGGCUUUUGCACCCGGGAAGGCCUCACAGGGUCCUGCUUGGUUUCAAUCCCCCCCUUUUCUUUGAUUUGCAUCAAUCCUGAGGAGGACAGGAGUGGGACAAGAAAGGGAUUGAAGUUUUGGGUAGAGAGGUUCAUCAUAAAUUGCGGGAGUGGGACUCGGUUUUAGGGGUCUUUAGGGGCAGUUUCUUUCUGCCUGGCAUCACAGUGGAAUGUUCUCAGGCUGGGCCAGCACGGCAGGCCCCCCUUUGCCCUUUUGGCCUCAUCAUCUUGAGGGAAGCCCCUCCUCUGAGCCUCUCUGUCCUCAUCUGUGAAAUGGGAGUAAUGACUUCUUCCCCACCUCCCUGAGGAUGAAAUACAUCACUUUGUAAACUCUCUGGGGCUAUACAUAUUUAAGGAAUUACUGAGCUGAAUUCCUUGCGACUAAUCUCUAGCUGUUUUCCCCCUCACUCUAAAAUGGAAUUGAUGAUCAUUGUUAGGGCACCACCUCACUGGGUUAUUCUGGCAAUAAAAUGAGAAAAUGUGUGUGAAGCACACACCCAGGGUCAGGCGCAGAGGGAGCAUCUCAAGCAGGGGGAGAUGCUGUUGUCGCCAUUAUUUGAUUUCAUUAUCUUAGUUUAUUUUGUUUCUGUUCUUGGCACUGGGUUCAGCCGGUCUUGCUUGGCCCUACGAGCUCCCAGAGAGGCGGCAUCCCCUCCAGUCUCAGUAUCUCGAGGACCACGUUAAAAUUCUUCCAGGCAUCAGCCUGGGCUAGUAGCUCUGUGUAGCCAACUUGCUUCUUUUUGUAAAUAAACCUUCAUUUGGGGAUAAUUUUAGGUGUAUGGAAAAGCGACAGAGAUAGUAGAGAGAGCACCCACAGAGCCCCGACUCAGCACCGCCCUCCCUCCCCCGACCAUGUUAGCAUCUUACCGAGAGGCAGAAACUGCACAAUACAAGUCACUAAAGUCCAGACUUUAUCCAGAUGUCACCAGUUCUUCCACAGAUGGCCCCUUUCUGUUCCAGCAUCCCAGCCAGGCUCCCACACUGAGUUGUCACAUGUCCCCAGUCUGUUCUGGUCCCCAGAAGUUGCUCAGUCUUCAUGCCUUGUCCAUGACUUGGUCUUGACACUGGCCAAUGAACACUGGUCCCCCAACCUGAGCCCAUCUGUCCUUUUCCUUGUGAUUAGAUCGGGGUUACAGGAUUUGUUACAAACCUACUUUGGAUUGUUUUUUUCUCCUGCUUUAGCCGAAGUGUUUUAGGGGAUGCUGUAAAAAAAAUAAAUUCAGUAAGCGAAGACAGAGGCUUCGAAGAUGAAAACCUUCUUGGAAUUAAAAAAGAUCCUAAUUAAAAUUAAUCUCAUUGGUGGUUCUUUUGACUCAGUGACAGUUUCAUUUUUUUAAAGUGAGGUAGCCGUUUCCACAGGGUUUAUCAAUGACAUCAGGGAGGGACGGUUCCUCCUAAUUUAAUGGUGAUUAGGAUGCUUUUGUGUUUUGGGGGGAGCUUCGUCUGCUUUUACUGCUUCUGGAUCUAGUUAUAAUUGAGUGUAAAUUAGCAAUUCACUU